AUGCCUGCCACCGUACAGAAGUGCUUCGACCAAUUUUUGCAGAAUGCCAGAAUUCGAUCAGAAGAAACUAUGCAAAAAUGGGAGAAGGAAAGGACCAGCCUUGGUUCAAACCUCGACAACUUUUACGAACAAGAGUGUCUGAAAGUGCAUCCUGAGCUUCCGGAACAUGUCCUGGAAAUCUUGAGAAAGCUUCAUUCCACGGCUAAAAACAGUAUCGAAGCGAUGUUCCAUGCCUUCAGUGCGUCACAACAUGAAGAUGCCAAGUAUUUCGGAAUCCGUCUGAAGAAAACGCAAAUGGAUGUCAUGAGCAUCCAUGAACAUGAGCUUCAGCAAAAUAAAGAAGAGAUCAAUAUGGCUAGAGCCGCACUGAAGGAUUUCAAGACUCACGUGCACAAACAAGUGAAUAAUCGGUCGGACCGCGCUACGAGAGACAACAGACAGAGAAGAAGUGAUACUCCGGGUAGCGGUGGGUUACAUUUCGAAAGCGCCCAAAUUCGCUCAAGAAAGAAGAGCCCUCGCACGCCGGUCUUCUUGCAAUCUCGCCCUACAAAGGCUACAGCCAAGGGAACAGCCAUGAGACAAAAUCAAAAGUUGGAGCCUAUUGUCGAGCCUGCUACUAGGAAUGUUCCCACUCGUUCACCCGGGAGAAGCCCUGUCAGAAGCGUUCUCAGUGGUCACUCUGCUCACACCAGUCCUGAGGCAUCACCGCCAGUCAGAGACCCUUCGACCUCAAGAAGAUCGCAGUCACCCAAAAGCGAUCACUCACAGUUCGAAGAGUUUAAAGAUGGAAAAUUCGAGGAAUUACACGAUGCGAUGAGAGACUCGAUCGAGUUUGCCUCGGAACUCAACCAAGAAUAUGAAGAUAAUCUAGUCAUGGUCGACACCGACCGACCUAGCUUAGAGAACAUGUAUGACGAUGAAGACGAAUGGCAAGAUGACGAAGAGUAUGUUCCGAGACGUACCUUCGAUGAACUUUCUGCCAAGAACAGCAGACUUGUCGAAGAAAACAGAGAUCUGGACGAGGCGAACGCGGAUCUUCGUGAGAAGAACGACAAGUUCCAAGGAAUGAUCAACGGGCUCACGUAUAUGAACGGGGAGUUGGAACGGGAGAUUGGAGAGCUUCGCUUGUGUUCGCCUGAUCGAGGACUGCCUGCUGACGACACCAAUCAAACUGGCAUGCAAACGUGGGACGGUGCUGGUCAAGGCCUGGAUGUUCAAGGCCUGGAUGGUCAAGGCCUGGAUGGUCAAGGCCUGAGUAUCCCAUCCUCGCCUGACGAAACAGAGCAACGUGAGGUGCCAGCGAUGCUUAAUACACCAUCAACAGUAGGCAAAGUCAAAUCGCCAUCAUCAGUGCUACCAUCGCCAUCCCCAUAUGACAACAUCUCAACUGGUACAUCCAAACUUACUUCGCCAGUGUCACCUAGCUCGUCAGACACGACUUCAUCAGAUGGUUCGAUUCAAGGUACACCGACAAAGGCAAGCGCGCCUACCCCCGGGUCUCUACACAGAUUCAACUCAUCAGACAUGGGUUCAACAGUUGAUCCAAGCCAAUACCCUGAUUCUAUGAGUACCGUCGUGGCGCGCCUCCGGGCAGCAAUCACACGCUGCAAUAUUGAGAUACAGACGUGCCAGAAGGACAUGAAAACUUCACAGGGGCACCAAACCUCUUCGAAAUCCAUGUUUGAACGGUGGCAAAAUGCAGCGAGGAAACACCGUCAUGAUUUCCUUGAGACGGUGAUGUAUUUCGAAUCAGUCAAGACCAAACCUGCGCCAUCGAAAGACGACUUUCGUGCGGGCUCCAGCUCAUUUGGAGGGUCGACUCGUUCUUUUGGAAGCUCUCCCCCGCCCAGUAGCAUGGGUAACUCAUUCGAAAGUGAAUUCGUUGGAGGUUCACAGUGGGAUGAGCCAGAACGUGCUUCUCCUCAGUCUGGAAACGCUCCAGAGCUUGCUGGCCCCAAGGGAAAGCCUGAUGAGCCAGAGCGUGUGCAAGCAUCAUCCCCGAUGGAAGGUUCUUCCGACAAGAAGGGUUCUACCCAGGAAAGUAGUUCCUCUUUCAGCGGAGACGGUUCGAAGAAGAACCAAUCUGAGCCUAAACCCCAGACCCAGCCCCAAGAUUCGCAAGAUUCUCAAGAGAGCUCUAGCCCCAGGACUGGGACAAGAGGCACCAAACCAUCGGCUCCACGUGGCCAGAAGAAGCCCAAGACGCUGCUUGGGAGGCUUUUUUGGGGACUGCCCUUUAUUCAAGAAAGGGUAAUGGAUCCAUUGUUGGCGGCUAUGUUUCCCGUCCUUGUCCCCUAUUAUUCUCGCUUCGAUAGGUGGAUGGGCCGACAGGUGCGCAACCGGCUACCCUCCUAUGCAAUUGCCACGAUGUUGACGAUCGGGCUCUUGUGCUUGUACAUUAAAACGUACAGCGUUUAUCUGGUUCUACUGAGAGAGCGGAACAUGUGGCUUGAGGCCAACAGAAUAGCACCGAUCCUCAUGUUGAAGAGAGCCGCCAUGUCAUCGGAAAUAUCAGUCUGGGGUCUCAGAGAAGAACAAGGAUUGAUACGGAGUGUUGACCACUUUAUGGAGUUUAUGUGCUGGUCUCUCGGCAUUACAGCUUUGAAGAACUGGAUAUUGAAUGAGUGUGUAGUUUGGCCUUAUCUGGCGGACCUUGGAGGCCCAGCUGAGCAGGGCAACUUUCUUGAAGAUAGAUGA